AUGUCCACGGCCGGAGACUUUGGAAACCCUCUAAGAAAAUUUAAAUUGGUCUUUCUCGGAGAACAAAGUGUGGGGAAGACCUCGCUGAUCACCAGGUUUAUGUAUGACAGCUUCGACAACACUUACCAAGCCACAAUCGGAAUAGAUUUCCUGUCAAAAACUAUGUAUCUCGAGGACAGAACAAUCAGAUUGCAGUUGUGGGACACGGCAGGCCAGGAGCGAUUUCGCAGCCUCAUCCCAAGUUACAUCAGAGACUCUGCCGCCGCCGUCGUGGUGUACGACAUCACAAAUGUAAACUCUUUCCAGCAAACCACCAAAUGGAUCGAUGAUGUGAGAACAGAGCGAGGAAGUGAUGUCAUUAUCAUGUUGGUGGGAAACAAGACAGACCUUGCAGAUAAAAGACAGAUUACCACAGAGGAGGGAGAGCAGAGGGCAAAAGAGAUGAAUGUUCUAUUUAUUGAAACGAGUGCAAAGACAGGCUACAAUGUCAAACAGCUCUUCCGGCGCGUGGCAGCCGCCCUCCCUGGCAUGGACACAACACAGGACAAAAACAGGGAGGACAUGAUCGACAUUAAACUGGAGAAACCGCCGGAACAGCCUGCCAGCGAAGGCGGUUGUGCCUGCUAG